UUGAGCUUUGGGCUUCGGAGGCCAUGGCUGCAGCUCUCGGUUCCCACGUUGCUCCGCCAUUGCGACCAUCUCCGAUGAAGACCUCUUCCAUUGCUCCCCCGAGCUUCAAGAGAACUCCCAAGAAGAAGACAACGACAACGACGAAUAAGAAGAAGCAGUCCUCCCGUGCCGUCGAUCACCAUAGCACGCCGUUACUCAUCACCCCAGUUCCAACAAACCCGAGUCCGGCUCCGAUCUUGCCACCGGAGUUCUUCCUCGUUGACGCCCUCGACCUCGCCCCUCGCCUCCUCGGCAAGCUUCUCCGCCGCGAUGAAGUCGUCCUCCGGAUCACCGAGGUGGAGGCGUAUAGACCGAAUGAUACGGCGUGCCACGGGAGGUUCGGCCUCACGGCCAGGACGGCGCCGGUGUUUGGAGCAGGAGGGCAUGCUUAUGUGUAUCUUUGCUAUGGGCUUCACAUGAUGCUCAAUAUUGUUGCUGAUGAGGAAGGGGUUGGUGCUGCUGUGCUUAUACGCUCUUGCUCUCCUGUUAAUGGAUUGAAAACCAUCCAGGAACGGCGAGGUCAGAACACUGUCAAGCCGGUCCUGCUUACAGGACCUGGAAAGGUUGGCCAAGCGUUGGGGCUGACAACUGCCUGGUCACACCAUCCUCUUUACACCCCUGGUGGUUUGGAAGUACUUGAUGGGCCUGAACCGGAGAAUAUAUUGGUCGGUCCACGAGUCGGGAUUGAGUAUGCCUCGCCGGAGCAUGUCAGUGCACCAUGGAGGUUUGCCAUUGCUGGCAGCCCCUGGAUAAGCUCCCCUAGAAACACUCUUAGGCCUCCUUAAAAAAGGAAACAAAGUACACAGGGGGCUCCUUAUGCUUUUUUUUUUUUUAAAAAAAAAAUCUAAUUUGCUCAUCUUUGUUGAUUUGAAGAUAUAAAGCUAGCAACAGAUGAUGUGUAAAUUUGUGAUUUGCAUUGACGUACAAGCAAAUUGAAAAAUCAAAUACAUUUUGU